AUUUCCUCUGUUUAACGCUGUAAACACUGGUCCCCGGUGCAGGGGAGUGUUCCUCACGCUCGGCCAGUGUUUACAUUCACACACAUUUGAAAGCGAGGCCGGCGCCUUUUGUUUCUCGAGGUCGCACCUGCUGCUGUUGGUGCUAACCAGGUCUCAUUGUUAGCGCCGCUAACGAACUACCAUAGCAUUGUCUGGUAAUAUACAUUUGAAAGGAACUGCAUUCAGAAGCGCUUCGAUAUGUGUUUGCAGCAUAAGUUCCGCUGCGCUUUUACGGAAGGGUAUAUCACAUCGCAUUCCUCUGCCCUGUUUGCGAGUAACGUUCGCUGUCAAGAACCGAGCUACCGUUAGCUACCGCAAGCUAACGUCGGUCCGCUGCUUUGCUCUGAAUCUGCUCGCUAACAUUUUUAAAAAGUCAACUUGUUCACGGUGGGAAUCGGGAACCACUCGCGGUCUCAGCACAGUAAACGUGUGCACGCAUAACUGCUGUUAAAAUGAUUAAAUGUGUUAAUACGGGCUUAGGAUUUCUAAACGUUAAUUCUAUAAUCAACCGGUGAAACACAUUUUAUACGAGUAUAUUGUGAUAUUACCACUGGCAAUUUUUCAAACAUGUUUUCUCAAUGUUCACGUUUCACUUUGUAUAUGUGUGUCCAGUUUAUUAGCCUGUUCGUAACCAUACUUCUGGUUCUGUCUUCAUUUCUUAGUGUUUGAAUGGAUAAUACCAGGUGCACGGAGAAAUGGGUAAAACAAGACACGGUUACUGUCACCAUGGAAACCUCCUUUCAUAAUCCACGCCAUUCAUGCCCUCUCAGCUAAUUUUAAUUAAAUCAUUCAGUGAUGUGACCGUAUAGUAUUUUUUUAUAAUGGUUUAUUUAAUAAGGGACAGUGCACAUUGAUAAAAACAUUUCAGUAAAUGUGCCAGAGUUAGCCAAGAGGCUAUUUUUCAUCUUUAGUCCCAAUGAUGCUGAUGUUAAGAACAAGCCUGAAAACAUAAGAUUACAAAUACAAUCUAUAGACAAAGCAAAUAAAAUAAGGGAGAACAAGCCUUUGGUUGCAGGUUGACAGAUGUUGUAAACUAUUAUUUCAUAAGUUAAUUUGUGUUAAAUAUUGAAUCGGGUCAAAAUGACCCGAAGGCAACACAAGGGUUAAGACAACUAGGAAAUGUGUGAUUUUUUUUUAAUAGGUUUUAAUAUUGUAUCUGUUGUAGACAAACGCAUUUAGGGAGUACCGCAAAGGUCACAGAGUGUUACCUUUAUUUUUCGUUGUUAGUUUUCAUCACACAACCAACACGUUGAUCAGUGUAAAAAAUAAAUUAUUCCCUUUACUAUCAAACAGUCACAUUUCAACCAUUUCCCUUGGGCUGUUGUAUGUUUCAUCUUGAUGGAGUUCAUCAAGAUGAUGUCCCCUGUGUUCAGGAGAGGCCUCCAUCAUCAUCCAUGAUGCUGUCUAGCAAGAAGUCAGAUGCUGGCUCCUCCUCUACAUCUGCUGCGGGAGCACCGGGAGGCGACCGGCCCCCUGUUGCCGAUGCCCAGACUGGUACAUCGGCCUCAGCUGCAGGCCUUAUGGAUGUAAAGAAAAAGGAAAGGUCAUCCCCAAGUGGUGAACCUGGAGGAGCCCCACUGCCUCAUCAAGCAGGCCUUGGCGGGGCGGACCAAGAUGCAGCGGAAGUUCGCAGAACGAGUCGUCGCAAGCGAGCAAAACAGGUGGAAUACCGCGAGAUGGACGAAAGCCUGGCUAAUCUGUCGGAGGACGAAUAUUACUCUGAGGAGGAGAGGAAUGCCAAGGCUGAAAAAGAGAGGAAGCAGGUCAUCCCUCCGCCACCUCCACCACCAGAAGAAGAAAAUGACAGUGAACCAGAGGAGCCGUCUGGUGUCGAAGGAGCUGCUUUCCAGAGCCGUCUUCCUCAUGACCGUAUGACAUCCCAGGAGGCCGCCUGCUUCCCUGACAUCAUAACCGGUCCUCAACAGACUCAGAAGGUCUUCCUCUAUAUCCGCAACCGUACCCUCCAACUUUGGCUGGACAACCCUAAAAUCCAGCUAACAUUUGAGGCCACAGCACAGCAGCUUGAAGCUCCAUAUAACAGUGAUGCCGUCUUGGUUCACAGAAUACACAGCUACUUAGAAAGGCAUGGCCUCGUUAACUUUGGCAUUUACAAGAGGGUCAAGCCUUUACCGACGAAGAAGACCGGAAAGGUUAUCGUUAUUGGUGGAGGUGUGUCUGGUCUAGCUGCAGCCAGGCAGCUGCAAAGCUUUGGGAUGGAUGUUACAGUAUUGGAGGCCAGGGACCGUGUUGGAGGCAGAGUGGCCACAUUUAGGAAGGGCAACUAUGUCGCUGAUCUGGGAGCCAUGGUGGUGACGGGGCUGGGAGGGAAUCCAAUGGCAGUGAUCAGCAAGCAGGUUAACAUGGAGCUGGCCAAGAUCAAACAGAAGUGUCCACUGUAUGAAGCCAAUGGCCAGGCUGGUGAACGAUGCACAAGUGUGCCAAAAGAAAAAGAUGAGAUGGUGGAGCAAGAGUUCAACAGAUUGCUGGAAGCCACCUCCUUCCUCAGCCACCAGCUGGACUUUAACUUCCUCAACAACAAACCCGUUUCCCUCGGACAGGCCUUGGAGGUGGUCAUACAGCUGCAGGAAAAGCAUGUAAAAGAUGAGCAGAUAGAACACUGGAAGAAGAUUGUAAAGACUCAGGAAGACCUCAGGGAUCUUCUCAAUAAGAUGGUGACCACUAAGGAACGGGUUAAGGAGCUCCAUCAGCAGCACAAAGAGGCCAGUGAAGUCAAACCACCGAGAGAUAUCACGGCCGAGUUCCUGGUGAAGAGCAAGCACCGCGACCUCACCACGCUCUGCAAAGAGUACGAUGAGUUGGUGGAGCUGCAGGUCAAGCUGGAGGAGAGGCUGCAGGAGCUGGAGGCCAAUCCACCCAGUGACGUUUACCUGUCGUCCAGGGAUCGGCAGAUCCUGGACUGGCACUUUGCCAAUUUGGAGUUUGCCAAUGCGACGCCCCUCUCCACCCUUUCCCUCAAGCAUUGGGAUCAGGAUGAUGACUUUGAGUUCACCGGCAGCCACCUGACGGUAAGGAAUGGCUAUUCGUGUGUUCCUGUGGCGCUGGCUGAAGGCUUGGACAUCAAACUAAACACAGCCGUGCGGCAGGUCCGGUAUACGGCUUCUGGCUGCGAGGUGAUAGCCGUCAACACGCGCUCCACCACCCAGACCUUCAUAUACAAGUGCGACGCGGUGCUGUGCACCUUGCCGCUCGGCGUGCUGAAGCAGCAGCCCCCCGCGGUGCAGUUCGUCCCCCCGCUGCCCGAGUGGAAGACGUCCGCCAUCCAGAGGAUGGGCUUCGGCAACCUCAACAAGGUGGUGUUGUGCUUUGACCGCGUGUUCUGGGAUCCCAGCGUCAACCUGUUUGGCCACGUCGGCUCCACCACAGCCAGUCGUGGCGAACUCUUCCUCUUCUGGAACCUCUACAAAGCCCCGAUCCUCCUCGCUCUGAUGGCCGGCGAGGCCGCCGGCAUCAUGGAGAACAUCAGCGACGACGUGAUCGUCGGCCGCUGCCUGGCGAUUCUCAAAGGGAUAUUUGGAAGCAGCGCCGUCCCGCAGCCAAAGGAAACCGUGGUCACUCGUUGGCGUGCCGACCCCUGGGCUCGGGGCUCCUACUCGUACGUCGCAGCGGGUUCUUCGGGCAACGACUAUGACCUCAUGGCACAACCCAUCACGCCUGGCCCCGCCAUACCCGGAGCCUCACAGCCGGUGCCUCGCCUCUUCUUCUCCGGGGAGCACACGAUCAGGAACUACCCCGCCACGGUGCACGGCGCCCUGCUCAGCGGGCUCCGCGAAGCCGGACGCAUCGCCGACCAGUUCCUGGGCGCCAUGUACACGCUCCCCCGACAGGCCACGCCCACAGCCGCCAGCAACCCUCAACAGGCUCAUCCCACCCCCAGUGUCUGACCCCACCCAGUCCCCGCCCACUCGGGACUGCGGGACCAACGAAAGCAGCGGAUGAGAAAAUACAAAACGCUUUCCCCCGUAAAGCGUCUAUAUUCCUGAACAUGAAAGGUCUCGGCGGUCCCUGGAAACACUUUGCGUCAUCGCCUUCCCUCAAUGACACCGAGUUCAUGUCCCGGCUUUAGGGAUGAUGUGAAGUUGAGAUUCUUUAAGUGGAGCAUUACAGUUCGGACAGAAUUAUUUUGGGACAUUUAGUGACGGUUCUCAUUUCCAGCAACACGUGGAGGCCGAUGUAACCGACGGCGACCGGGCGACGCUAAAGGACGACUGACGCAUCCCAAUUUCGUCUUUUAGAACUGUGAUUUCCCAAGUCUUGAAAACGGAAGCGUGGCAUUAUGUUUGGAGUGAUAACGUGUAUUUGAUUCCCUGUGGAGCAUGACUGCAAAACCAACGUCUAUUUAUGUGCCCUCGUUUAAAGCCUGAAAGUACUCAGAACCUCGAGGCGUCCGUUGGACCGGCCUCAAGGCCUCGUCUUAAAGCGUCGCUACGUUUACUUUCUAUUAUUCACGGUUGCAGAGAGUAGUGGAAAUAGUUUGUACUCAAGAAUUGUGAAUGUUUUUGUUGCCAUAGCAGUUUACGUAUUUUAUUAUGGUCGUCAUCACAUCCUUUUUUUAUAUUUUCAAAUUUUUUGUUAUUAAAUGAGAAAUGGUGUCUUGAA